AUUAGAGAUAUAACAUGUAUAAUACUACAGCUAGAAAAGUUUUAUCACUGAAUUUCAAGAUAAGGAACAUCUUAGCAUAUUUUUAGAAGUGCAGAAGUUUGAUUGAAGGUGUUUACUGGUAUAGAUAAACAAAUGAAAGCGAUUAACUUUUACAUUCUGACCUAAAGAUAAACAUUAGGAUGUACAAAUGUAUGUAGUUAACGUUCUACGAAAAUGGUUUGAGUCGGUCAAUUAUCCUCAAUAUGAAGAAAUGUUGUUUACAAUUUAUACGAUGCGCUUUGUUUGAUUUUUUAAGAAAGGGCGUACAGUAAUAUUACCUGUUCAAACCCUUUGGGAUUUCUGAAUAAAAGAAAGAUUUGCGAGGGAAAACAGUAGAUUAUCUGCCAUGUGUAGAGUAAAAUAAGUGUUUCUCGUAUUUAAUCUAAAUUGCUGAGGAUCCUGGACAGUUGUUUGUUUUCGUAAGUGAUAACGUGUUACAAUUAUUUAAGAUACAUUCUUACAUCAAGCUACUUGGUCUUGUGGAUUACACGCGUAAAAACACUUGCUGACCAUGGCGACUAAAGGUCUUGACCAUUGGGGCGAUAUAACAGUUGUCGUGGUUUAUUUCGUAUUGGUCCUAUUUGUUGGAUUAUGGUCUGUUUUCCGUGGCAACAGAGGAAAUGUAAACAGCUACUUCUUGGCAGGACGAAGUAUGACAUGGUUUCCGGUUGGAGCAUCACUGUUUUCUAGUAACAUUGGAAGUGAACAUUUCGUUGGUUUGGCGGGAACUGGUGCGGCAGCUGGUAUAGCUAUGAUAUCUUAUGAAUGGGCGUCGAUGCCACUGGUAUUGUUACUCGGCUGGUUCUUUCUGCCAGUAUAUGUGUCAGCUGGGGUUUAUACGUUGCCAGAAUAUAUAGAGAAGAGAUUUGGCGGGAAAAGACUUCGAAUUUAUCUGAGUGUUCUUGCUCUUGUCUUAUACAUCAUAACAAAGUUAGCUGUUAGCAUUUAUGCUGGUGCAUUAUUUAUCAAGUUAGCUCUCGGCUGGGAUAUGUAUUUAUCAAUAGUCGGACUUCUCAUCAUUACAGGAGUAUAUACCAUUCUAGGUGGUUUACGAGCAGUGAUAUAUACAGAUACAUUUCAAACUGUUGUUAUGACAAUAGGGGCCUUCUCGUUAGUUGGAAUUGGUUUCAACAAGAUUGGAGGCUAUUCCAAAUUAGAGGUACUGUAUAUGCAAGCUAUACCUGAUAUUAGAAGUCCAAACAGUACCUGUGGAUUCCCGCGCCAAGAUGCCUUUCAUAUUUUCCGUGAUGCUGUAACUGGAGACAAUCCUUGGCCUGGUCUGAUUUUGCAAUCUUCUAUUGGAUGCUUAUGGUAUUGGUGUUGUGAUCAGGUUAUUGUGCAGCGAGCACUCGCAGCUAAAUCACUAGAACAUGCAAAAGGUGGCUCCAUUUUAGCUGGAUAUCUGAAGAUCAUACCUAUAUUUAUAAUGAUUUUCCCAGGAAUGAUAAGCAGAGCAUUAUAUCCAAACGAAGUUGGUUGUGUUGAUCCAAAAGAAUGCCAAGAGAUAUGUGAGAAUGCAGUGGGCUGCUCUAAUAUAGCAUAUCCAAAGUUGGUGUUGGAGCUGAUGCCAUAUGGACUGAGAGGUUUGAUGAUGGCGGUAAUGUUAUCUGCCAUCAUGAGUUCACUUACCUCCAUCUUUAACAGCUCUAGCACUGUGUUUACUAUGGAUCUGUGGAGACGUAUACGACCUCACGCACACGAAAGGGAACUUCUCAUAGUUGGUCGACUGUUUAUCAUAGUACUAUGCGGAGUCAGUAUCGCAUGGAUACCUCUAGUACGUUCAUCUCAAGGGGGACAACUCUUUAACUACAUACAAGCGGUUCAAGGAUAUCUUGGAACACCAAUCGGCGCAUUGUUCGUCCUUGGUGUGUUUUGGAAGCGAACAAAUGAAUAUGGUGCAUUUUAUGGUAUAGCUAUUGGACAUACCAUUGGUAUAAUCCGAAUGGCAAUAGAUUUGGCGUAUCCUGCACCCGACUGUGGGGAUCCAGAAACGAGGCCUUCAAUACUUCUUGACGUCCAUUACACUUAUUUUGGGAGUCUAAAUGUCAUUAUUACGUCCAUUGUAAUGGUUGUGAUAAGUUUGUUAACGUCACCCCAGUCUGAAGAGGAGUUGAAGGGCGUUACAUGGUGGACGAGAAUAAAGCCUCAUCCAGUUGAUCAUGUUGACAAACAAGCAGUUCCGGAAACAAUUGAAACAGAUACAUCCGAAACGAAAAACGAAACGGCAUUGUCGCAGAAUGGUCUGAUGAUUCAGGAACCAACUGAAGAUACCAAUGAAACAAACCAACAAUGUCAUAAAACUCUCGUGAAUAUGGUUUGUGGAAUGUCAGAUGGGGAUAGUGCAGAAAAUCUUCAACUUGAUGAGGCAAAGACGAGGGAAUAUUUAACAGAACAUCCAACGUGGAAAACUAUUCUAAACGUAAAUGCUGGAAUAGGAUUAGUAGUUGUUGCAUUUUUAUACGGCUUUUAUAGAUAAAAAGACUAAACAACUCAUAAUAAAGUUGUAGACAGAAUUAUGUGUACAUAUCAUAGGCAGCACAUUUAAGAAAAAUGUAUUUUUAUUAAGUUCUUUGUUUUAGUUAACUUGUAAUGUAUUACUGAAUAUAACGUAGCACACCAUUAAACAUAUUAGGCUAUUAAAUUUAAUGCAUCUCCUUCUCAA